CGUCGCGGGCGGGGCGUAGGGGCUGAGGGCAGCUCCGCCUCAUCUCGCCGCCUGCUCGCCCGCCUCGCUCCGGCCGCCACGGCGGGAGGAGGCCGGGACGAUGCUGGAGACGCUGCGGGAGCGGCUGCUGAGUGUUCAGCAGGACUUCACCUCGGGGUUGAAGACUUUGGGCGAUAAAUCAAGAGAAGCAAAAAAAAGCAGACAGAGAACUGCUCAGUAUUCACCAGAGUUUUCUGCUGGACUGGAGUUACUGAGCAGAUAUGAAGAUGCUUGGGCUGCCCUUCAUAAAGGAGCCAAAGAUUGUGCAAAAGCAGGAGAGCUGGUGGACAGUGAAGUUGUGAUGCUUUCUGCACACUGGGAGAAAAAAAGGAACAGUCUGGUGGAACUACAGGAUCAGCUCCAACAAAUACCUGGAUUUUUAGCAGAUCUGGAAUGCCUUACAGCAAGCCUAGCCCGUCUAGAGGCAAACUUUCAAGAAAUGGAGACUCACCUAUUGUGUCUUGAGGACCUAUGUGAACAGUGUGAAUUGGAAAGAUACAAAUGCGUGCAGACGUUACAGCUGGAAAAUUACAAGAAAACAAAAAGGAAGGAACUUGAGACCUUCAAAGCUGAGCUGGAUGCUGAACACGCACAGAAGGUUCUGGAUAUGGAGCACACCCAGCAGAUGAAGCUGAAGGAACGUCAGAAAUUCUUUGAAGAAGCCUUCCAGCAGGACAUGGAGCAAUACCUUUCCACAGGAUACUUGCAGAUAGCAGAGAGACGAGAACCAAUUGGCAGUAUGUCUUCCAUGGAAGUGAAUGUGGACAUGCUGGAACAGAUGGACCUAAUGGACAUGUCUGACCAAGAAGCACUCGAUGUCUUUUUAAACUCAGGAGGCGAGGACAAUAAUAUGCUUUCUCCCAUGCUGGGGCCCGACUCCAGCACCUACGUGAAUGAGAUCAGUCUUCAGGUUCCGAGCCAGUCUGAAUUACGCCACAAACUGUCUUCGCUGUCAUCCACCUGCACCGAUUCUGCCAGCCAAGAGGCGAGCGAAGGAGAGUCUCCGGUCGUUCAGUCUGAUGAAGAGGAGGUUCAAGUGGACACUGCUCUUGCUGCUGUCACCGAAAGAAAGGGUGCUUCAGAUGUUAGUGAUGAAAGUGACUCUCAAACUAUUUGAAUCUUAAAACCAUAUCCUUUAAGAAUGACUUCUGAAUGAAUGAACAAAUGAAUGAGGAGCUUGCCUGUGUCACAAUUUGCUAAGCAAUCCGAACAGCCAGACCUUUUUACUAGUACUACAAUGCAGCCUUUUUACAGAAUUGCCAGUCAGGUGGAGGUUGGUUUUUAACAAUAAAAUUAUGCCUAAAGCACACACACUUUAACAGUAGUCUUGGGGCUCAGGGGAGCAGUGAAACUUUUGUAUAUACUAUGUAUAAAAGAAGUAAAGGGGAAAGAUAAAAGUUACUACGACCACUAACCUUUAAACGGCUGAUUGGGAAUCUUUCCAUUUGAUGUAUCAUACUGACCCUAAAUCGUUCCUUGCAUGUUUUCAGCUGCUGCAACUGAAGAUUUAAGAUCCAAACCGAAAUGAAGCUAUUUUCUACUCUUUGCUACCUACUGUCUGCCUACCGCUUUUGUCUACUAUUGCAGCAGCAUUUACUAUCUCACACUUCUUAUUCAGGACCAACUUAGUUAUCGUAGGUGUUAAGGAAAAAAAGAGAAAGUAAAAGGAGGAGAGGUGCGUAUGGAAGUGUUACACUCCUUGGGGAGCAGAUACCGUAGCGUUGUGUAAGCUUACUCCUCUUUCGAGAUAAAAUAAAGUAUUUCUAUCCCAACCAUGUCUUUCACUUGAUUACCCAGAGUACUUUCUCCAUGACAGUGAAGAGAGGAGACUAAUGCAGCAAUCAGGAAAACUGGUUAUUUAUCCCGAGCACCAGUGUAAUUUACUUUUCCAUGGUAACAUCUGUGUGACUGCACUGAGGCAAGCCAGCAAUUUAAGAGAAAUAAAGCUGAAUAAAUUAUACAUGAAGUGGAUACGUUUUACAAACUG